AUGGGGCAACUGACACCAGCACUGCAGCAAUACUUUAAACUCAAAGAACAAUACAAGGGUUGUUGUUUUCUCGCUAAAUUAGGAAUAGAGUAUGUAUUGUUUUUUCGUGUUGGAGACUUUUAUGAAUUCUUUUUCAACGAUGCGAUCACCAUGUCUCAAGUCCUUGGAAUCGCGUUAACCACUCGAGGAAAAUACAAGGAUCACGAUAUUCCGCUUUGUGGAAUCCCCUACUUUGCAAUCGACAAUUACUUGAAAAAAGUGAUUCGAAAAGGUCUCAAAGUGGCAAUCUGUGAACAAACAGAGGUUUGCUUUGGAAUAUAUCUCAACCUGCAGACUCCUUCCGAAGCCAAAUCGCGUGGCAAGCGAAAAAGCCCUGUCCUGGAACGUUCCGUGGUUCGCCUGAUCUCUGCAGGUACUCUGGUCGAAGAUGCCUUUCUCAGUCCUCGCCAAAGCAACUUUCUCUGUGCUUUGUCCUCCACACGCGACAAUUCUCACUUCGGCUUUUCGGUUAUCGAUAUCAGCACUGGAGAAUACGCCGUCCACAACGUCGAUUCAUCGCAACUAGCCAGUCUAUUCGCUCGAUACGACCCACGCGAGAUUCUGCUCUCCCAUGCGCUCCAAUCCAAUCCUCCUUCAGCGCUCGCCAGCUUUCUCGCUUCCGAUUCAGUCAACGAAACGCGCUGUAUGGUGACAGUGCUCGACGACACUGCGUGGGAAAGCGGCGAGCUGCAGACUCUGAUCGACACGCACUCCGAGCUAGCUGCGCUUUCCCAGCCAUUCCGGGAGCAUUUGUUCUCGGAGAUGGAGCUGGAUGCUCUCCAUGCGCUGCUCCAAUACAUCAACACCACGCAGAUGGGAGCAUUUCCACGACUGUUCUGCUUGGAAGGAGAAGAAGAAGAGGAUCAGCGGAGUUUGGAGCUGGAUCGAAGCACGCGCGACUCGCUGAAUCUGACGCGAGGAAGUCGAGACACGCUCACUGGGAGCGUUUUGAAUGUAUGGCAACGUGGGAAUGCUAAGCGACAGACGAUCGAUCGCACCGUGACGGUGAUGGGAAGCCGUCUGCUCAGCAAUCGGCUUUCCAGUCCGCUAACACAGCCAAAGGAGAUCAAUCAUCGUCUUGACACGCUUUCGUAUUUCAUUCAAAACCCUCAAGUCACGACGAUGCUUCUUCCUCUUCUAAAAUCGCUGGGAGACUCGGAGCGAUCGUUCCAACGUUUAGUUCUCAAGCGCGGAUCGCCGCAGGAUCUCGGCGUUAUUCGCGACAUGCUUCGAACCACGCAGGCGAUUUACGAAGCGAUUCAUUCCUCCUUCUCCACGUCGAGCAACCCCUUUUUCCUGCGAGUUCUCGAUACAUUCGAAAAAGCAGGCCAAACCUCGCUCUUAUCGGUUUUAUCGAAGGCUCUCACCGAGUCGCUUCCAUUUUCUCUCUCCGACGGCGGCUUCAUCGCACCUGGCUACUCCGCCGAACUCGAUCACUGGCGCUCGAUCGAAUCCUCCAACGCGUCUCUUCUCUCCGAGAUGCAAGCCAAAUACAUUUCUCUCACAAACAACGCCAAACUCAAAGUCAAGUGGACCGAAUCGCUCGGCUUCUUCGUGGAAGUUCCCAACUCCACUCCGCUCGAUCGCUCGCUUUUCCUUCCCUGCCAGACUCUCAAAAGCCACCUUCGCUACAAAACCGCCGAGCUCGUCGAGCUGGACAACAAGCGAUUCGGAGCCUGCGAGAAAGUGAAAAAGCUGGAGCUUUCUUUUUUCAACGAGCUCAAAACGCUUGUCGAGAACGAGGGCCUGCUUCUCACGCAGUGCAACGCGCUGCUGAGUAUUCUCGAUGUCAACUGCGGAUUGUCGCGCGUCUGCGCGGAUUUCGGCUACGUUCGUCCCACGGUCAACGCUUCCUCCACGCUUUCGCUCACCGACGUUCGCCAUCUCGUCGUGGAAGACAUGAUGAUGAAGCAGAAGCAGGGCAAGACGUUCAUCCCCAACUCUCUCCACAUGGAUUGCCAGCAGGGAAUUCGCUCCUGCAUCAUCACCGGACCGAAUAUGGGAGGGAAGACCACACUGCUUCGCUCGGUGGCGUUGUGUGUGAUUCUAGGGCAAAUGGGCUGCUUCAUCCCCGCUUCGCGCGGCGAGAUCGGAACGGUGGAUAAGAUUUUUAGUCGUGUUGGGAGUUCCGACGAUAUUCUGAACAAUCGAAGCACGUUUUACUCGGAAAUUAGCGAAACGGCUUCGAUUCUUCGCAAUGCCACAUCGCGUUCGUUGAUUCUUGUCGAUGAAUUGGGGCGAGGAACCAGCGUGGAGGAAGGCGUGGCUAUCGCUACCAGCGUUCUCGAUUUCAUCCACACGAAAAUUCAGUGCAAAACGUUGUUCGCGACGCAUUAUAAGCAGGUUACGGAUUUGGUUCGCAAAAACACGCAAAUGGCCAACUUCAAAAUGGGAGCGAUCCCGACAGACUCUUCCCUACUGCUUUCAUAUAGAAUGGAGGCUGGAAUUAGUGAUCAGAGUUACGGAUUGUUCAUAGCCAAAAUGGCGGGAAUUCCGAGGGAGAUUUUGGAGAGUGCGGAGAAGAUGGUUCAGAAGAUGAAGGAGGACGGGAGAGAGAUAGAGAAGGCGCUGCAAGAGGUGGACGUGAAUCAGUUGACGCCGAUUCAAGCAAUGCUUUGUUUGAGCGAGUUGAAAGAGAUUGCGCAGAAGAGGGAUGAAGAGGAGAGAGAGCGAUUCGUAGAAUCGUUCGCUAUAAAAAUUGUUUUUAAGGUCUGUUACUCUCUGGAUAAAAUGGCACUGAGGAAGGUCUUCCUCGUUCUACUGAUUUCUGUCCAAGGAGUUCUUGCCUGGUUUAAUAUUGAACACAUGGUCAUCGCUCAAAUAGCAAAGAACUAUGCGAACUCUCUUUCAUUUAACAAGGCGUCUUCUAUUAUUAAGUUACUCGGAGAUAAAUACAAUAGUACUGCUAAUUAUCUCGAAGCUGCAUGCUGGGCAGACGAGGUAAAGAAGACUGCUGAAUACAACUACACUGUCCCUUGGCAUUUCACUCGAAGAGGGUAUUCGAAUGACUCUACGGCCGCGAAAACUGACGAGCCUGAGGAUAGCAUCGUAAAUCGUCUCCAGUCUCUUUUCACCGAAAUCGACCAAUCCGAUGUCUCCGAAACCUCUUCCUCGCAACUCCGCUUCCUCGUCCAUCUCAUCGGCGACAUUCAUCAGCCGCUUCACAUUCUCAACUACUUCGACUCCUCCUUUCCCUCCGGCGAUCAGAGCGGCAACCUCUUCUUCGUGCGCGAGCCCGGCAAAAACGCGUCGCAAGCGGUCAAUCUCCACGCCUGGACGGACGGCUGCGCCGGGUUUUUCUCCGACUGCAAGGAAUUGCCCGUCAAAGAGGAGCACUACGUGGAGAUCCUGAACGAAGCGAGCACGAUCGCGCUGCUGUGCGAGGACGAGGCGAGCGGAAGCUUCGCGUUUGACCCCGCGGCGUGGGCGGAGGAGUCGUUCGAAGCCGGCGUGGAGAUCUAUCGGAUGGUGAAGCAGGGCGCAGAGCUGACGGAGGAGCAGGUGGAGGAGGUGCAGACGAUCCUGAAGAAGCAGAUUUGUAAGGCGGGAAAGCGAUUGGCGGGGAGUUUUGAGCUGAUCUAUACGAAGUUCCCGCCGCCGUCGGAUUUCUAUUUUAUCAUGAUGGUGUUUGUGAGUUUGCUGGGAGUGGUGAUUUUGGAUGAGGUGUACAAUGGAGGGAGCUGCUCGAAACAGAGGAGGGAGUAUGUGGGGAUCGAAAACAACAAGAUGAAGAAAGUGAAGUUUAAUUUUGGAAACUCGAAGAUUUAAUGUGUGUUCGUUGACA